AAGACGUUCAGUUUGAGACGGGCAGGGUUUUGAUGAGUUCGUCUCUCUUGUGAACUGUCAGGAUUCAAUCCACAUAUCAAUUCUUUUGCGCUCUCUCUCUUCUUUUCAAGUAAUCACAACACCAAAAUCAGUCUUUGAAAGGAGAAAUAUGCAAGGCGGAGAAGAGCUAAGCAUCGAUGAACUCGCCUCCAAUCUCUCCACUUACAAGGAUCAGCUUCAACAGGAAAUAGGUGGACUAAACAUGGGAUACUUAGAGUGCCAAAAAAGGUCAGAAAGCUUUUGGUUGAUGACCCAGGGAACUCUGAAUAUGUGGACAUGGAAAAGGAGCUUGAAGAGGUGUGCUAUGUGUCGUGAUGGCCAGCCUGCUUCUCUCUCCCCCUGAUUUCAGAUGUUCACACUGAGAUUAGAAGUGAUUGUGUUAACGGAAGAACUCUUGGCAACUGCAAAGCAAAGUGAGAUAUCUCUACCAGCAUUUGGGACAAAUGCUGAUGCAUCUCCCAUUCAACACCAGUCUGGGGGAAGCUCUGAGCAUUUAAUGGAGCCAGGAAACAACUCUGAUCAUUACGGAAAAUUCCCUAUUGGCACAAAAGUUCAAGCAGUUUGGAGUGAAGAUGGGGAAUGGUAUGAAGCAACAAUCGAUUCCUUGACCCCAGAUGGGUAUUAUGUUUCCUAUGAUGGAUGGGGGAAUAAAGAAGAGGUGGAUCCUGGCAAUGUAAGGCCAAUUCAAGAAGAAGUAAACGCUUUGCUGGAAGCGGAGAAGGAAGCAGAAGCUACAAAACAGGCAAUCAAAAGGAAGAUUGCACAGGCUGCUGCCACUGACUUCCAAUCACGAAGUUUACCAGCAAAGCUUCGUAUAGAACCUGAUGAUCCUGAAGAUGUGAAAAUUGCUAAGCGCAAAAAGAUACAUGCUUUUAAGUCGAAGAUGCGGUUUGAGCAACUUGAAGUCACACAGAAUAAGCGGCAGAAUGCUUGGCAGCAGUUCCAGACAACCAAAGGAAGGGCUAAAAAGAUUGGUUUCUUUUCGGGCCGCAAGCGAGAAAGCAUCUUCAAGUCUCCUGAUGAUCCAAACGGCAAGGUUGGUGUGACUGGAAGCGGGAAAGGAUUGACAGAGUUUCAGAAGAGGGAAAAGCACUUGCAUCUCAAGGGAGGAAGCGCUGAUACUGACGAUUAAAGAUUGGGACCCCUUUCCUGUAUGUUAUUUGUAUGUUACUUCUUCAGUCCUGCCCAUUGCCAACCAGUUCAACAUAGAGAGAGUUUAGAGAACACAAAAGUACAUGGUUCCCGAGGAUUUUAUCUUACUGAACAGAUGCUUUAAUCUUAACAACACUUUCAAUUCUUACUAUGAAGGCCCUUGUUCUUUUA